AGCUGAAGAAAUCACAUCCACAACUGAGACAAAAACUACAACAGAGAUCACCACCACACAUACUCCUAUAACCAUAGAAGAGAAAUCUAGCUUUACAGAGACAAUGACCAUCACACACGAAGGUACCCAGCCCACUGACAUUCAAACAGUCACAAAGGAGAUCAGUACUGAGGCUCAACCAGCUGGCUCUAGGAUGGAGAUUGAAAUCCUUGAGCAGAAACCUAUUGUAGAGGCAGAUGUUACACAUAGACAGUCUAUGGAGAUGUUGGUAUCUGCAUCUGAAGAUGAAGUAGACGAGCCUCACCCAACGAUCCCUGAGUUUAUAUCUAAACUUGAGCCACAGUUGAAGGUAAUGGAUGGAGAUGAGGUAACGUUCAGAUGCUCAAUCAGCUCAAGGGCAAGACCAGUUCCAACCAUUACAUGGUUCCAUGACAAUAAAGUGGUAGAGGAGACCCCUGACUUCCAGCUUAGAUACAUCUCUGAGACUGGUGAAUGUAUCAUGAAGAUUGUUGAGGUGUUCCCCCAGGAUACUGGUGAAUACAGAUGUGAGGCUGAGUUCCCACAUGGUACAGCAGUCACUACCUGCUACCUAACUGUUGACU